AUGAAGUGCCUGAUUGUUCUUGCUCUUGCUGCCGUGGCUCAGGCCAACCCCCUGUACCAAGUAGACACUUCAGCUGUACUCUCCUACGCGGCACCUUUUGUGGCCGCCGACUCCGCUCUCAGGACCUUCGCUACUGCACCAUUCGUUGACUUCUUUAACAGGGCGUUCUACACCCAAGCUGCUGCCCCUGCGUACACUUCAGCAGUUUCUACUGCCUACGCUCCUGCUGCCAUUGCUGCCUACGCUCCUGCAUCCGUGGCAGCAUAUGCCCCAGCUGCCGUCCCCGCUUACCAUGCGCUGGCUCCAGCAGCAGUCCCAGCAUACGCCCCAGCCUAUUCACCAGCUUAUGCUCCAGCAUACACCCCAGCUGUUGCCACAGCAUUAGCCAUUUAA